AUGCCUAUCUCGCUUGAGCGAAUGAUCCAUUUUGUUCCGCCAAAUAUCGAGAAGAUGCGCGCCAAGGUGCCGGACCUUGUGAACAAGGUCGAUGUUGUCCUGGGCAAUCUCGAAGACGCCAUUCCGGCGGACGCCAAGUCCGACGCGCGGAACGGGUUUAUCCAGCUUGCAAGGGAAAAUGAAUUCGGAUCAACCGGACUGUGGACGCGGGUAAACUGCCUGAACAGCCCCUGGUUUCUCGAUGAUGUCAUGGAAAUCGUCCAGACCGUCGGCGACAAGCUGGAUGUCGUGAUGUUGCCCAAGGUCGAAGGCGCCUGGGACAUUCACUAUCUCGAUCAGUUGCUUGCUCAACUGGAAGCUAAGGGUGGACUGGGGAAACCGAUCCUCAUCCAUGCCAUUCUUGAAACCGCGGAGGGUGUCAAGAAUGUCGAGCAAAUCGCAGCAGCCAGUCCGCGCAUGCAUGGAAUGAGCCUGGGACCAGCCGACCUUGCGGCAUCCAGAGGCAUGAAAACAACGCGCGUCGGUGGUGGCCAUCCUGAUUACGCGGUGCUUUCGGACAGUGACAAUAGUGGUGUGCGGACCGCAUUCCAGCAGGAUCUUUGGCACUACACUGUCGGGAAAAUGGUCGAUGCGUGCCUGUCAUAUGGCCUGAAACCCUUUUAUGGACCAUUCGGGGACUUUUCUGACCCGCAAGCUUGUGAAAGUCAGUUCCGCAAUGCCUUUUUGAUGGGGUGUCUCGGUGCCUGGUCGCUUCAUCCCUCGCAAAUCGAAAUCGCAAAGAAAGUCUUUUCGCCAGACCCGGCGGAAGUUGCCUUUGCGCGCAAGAUCCUGGAUGCCAUGCCGGAUGGCACAGGUGCCGUCAUGAUCGAUGGCAAGAUGCAGGAUGAUGCAACCUGGAAGCAGGCCAAGGUCAUCGUCGAUCUUGCACAGCUGGUUUCAAGCAAGGACAAGGAGUUGGCCGAGGUUUAUGGUUUUUAG